GGUGAAUGAUGGUAUGUUUAAAUGUUAUCUUAUUUCUACUGCAUUCGUACAAAGAACACGCGUCGAUUUAACGUCACACAAAGUCUUUAUGGUGGUUAAUGACAUAACUGUCGUGGUUGUAACCGAGGUAGUAGUCAAAAGUGGAUUCUGAAAUUACAAAUUUAUUGUGAAACGCUUUUUCCCAAGAGGGGACUCACAGUGCUCGCUAUAUAUAGCUCUACGUUACACACCGUUAGCAUUGGUAGCAUUAUAGUUGAUCAUACAUACAAUAUCGAAAAUUCCGACUUGGUGCUGAACACGCCAAUAAUAGCUCAUCAUGGAAAUGAGCAUUGCUGGUUUAGAAAGCAUUUCUGCAUCAAGAGAAUAUUCUGAGACCACACAAAGAGGUCAAUAUGAUAUUAAUGCAACUGAUGAAGAGAAGCAAGACCCAAAGCUGCAGAGGGCAAUUGAGGAAAUGAGGAGGCUUGAUGAACUUCUGUCUGUAUGCAUGUGCAGAGAAAAAGAAGCCAAGCGUCAAAGGAAACAAUGCCAAGCUAAACUCUGGAAAGAGCUAAUGGAGAGUUUACCUGAAGACCACUCGGAAAGGAGGCAUGAGGCCAUGAAUGCAAGGCUGUUUUGGGCUUUGGAAUCACCGAUUGGCCCCCCAGAGAGGAAGGAUUUUGUGUCACUUUUUAAAACUCAGAUAGGUGACAAUGAUCUGGAUAGAAGACUGCAACAAAUGUUAGAGAGUGAAGAGCGAGCGGAGGACUCAAGCGAAGCAUCCGAGUCGGUGUGCGAGGAGUCGGACGAAGCGAGCCACGGUGACGCCUCCAUGGGCAAGAAGAGACCGAAGAACUUUGUCAAGAGAAAUAUUGAGCUUGUCAGGGGCAAAUGCGGCCAAGUGCUGUUGACACAGGCAGAGGAAGAGCGUCUGGCCGAGCUCCUGCGAGACAUAGAUGAAGAGGAAGAGGAGCGUGCCAGAGGCGCAGACAACGAGGAGGACAUGUGGGCUGUGCCGGUGUCGACAAGCCAGGGUUACACCCCAGAAACGUCCGACUUGGAGCGGCUGAUUGCCAUUGACUCCAAACUUCGCCUUUUCCAGCCGGUUGUAGAACUCCUGUCACCGCAAGGCACCUAUACAUUUUUAAAUGAGGACCGUGCCUCGGACAUUGGCCCGAGGCAUGAUGGGGACCCUCAGCCAGGAGAGAAGGUCCUGCAGGAGAUCAAGGAGAGGAGGAUGCAGGAGAUGCAGCUCCUGGAGAUCCAACGGCAGCUGGACCUUCUGGUGCAGGACCAGGAGAUGACAAGCGAACCGGAGAGCCUCAGUGAGGAGCAGUUACUUUGCCUGCUGGAUGGUUGUGAGCUGACAGAAUCAGAGCAAGAAGCUUGACACAGACAUGGACCUCCUCCACGCGAGGCCCAGCUGUCAAGAUGUCCGUCAAACCACGUGCCAUCGUUAACGUCACGCUU